CAGUACAUAUAUGCUAUGGUGUUUGCAGUGGAGGAAAUCAAUCACAAUACAACGCUUUUACCAGGUGUGAAGCUGGGCUACCAUAUUUUUGAUAGUUGCGGCCGACCUCCAUGGGCUCUCCAGGCAGCAUUGUCACUAGUAGGAGGAGACCGGACCAGCUAUGAUCACCCUGUUCCCCUGAUCAUCGGUGGAGCUUCAUCUGUAGCCGCCCAGAUACUCUCCAGAACCCUGGAGCAACUCUCUGUACCUUUAAUUAGCUACCAAGCGAGCUGCACCUGUCUGAGCGACAGGCUCCGAUAUCCUAAUUUCUUCCGGACCAUUCCCAGUGAUAUUUACCAAGUCCUUGCCAUUGCCCAGCUUGCUAUACACUUCAACUGGACAUGGAUCGGAGCAGUGGUAGCAAACAAUAAUUAUGGCCUAAUGGCGAUAAAGAUUUUUCAGGAGGAGACUCAGGGGGCAGGGGUGUGUCUGGCAUUUGUAGAGACUCUCCAAAGGGAAAAAAUUGUAAGCGAUGCCAGACGAGCAGCACUCGCAAUUCAGGCCUCAACUGCAAGGGUGAUUCUGAUCUUUACCUGGUACACAGAUGUGAGAGAACUGUUUCUGCAACUAGAGAAAAUAAAUGUAACUGACAGACAGUUUCUGGCCAGUGAGGCCUGGAGUACCAGUAAUAAUCUUCUCACAAGUAAAGUGGCAAGUGGUGUUCUUGGCGUGGCCAUUAGAAGCUCAGCUAUACCUGGAUUUGGAAAUUAUCUCAGAAGUUUGCACCCAAUACAUCGUCCUGGUGAUGAAUUUUUAAGGGAAUUCUGGGGAGCUGAGUUUGUUGGCACAGAAACCCUGGAGGGACUGCAGCAUCCCUUUACUGACACCUCCCAGCUAAGGGUGGCAUAUAAUGUCUACCUUGCUGUUUAUGCUGCAGCCCAUGCCCUUCACAGCCUUCUGUCCUGCCCAAACAGAGACAGCCCUCCUGGAAACAACAGCCUCACCUGUUCUUCACCGUCUCACAUCAAGCCCAUAGAGCUAUUGCAGCACUUGAAAAAAGUGAACAUCACCACACCACAAGGGGAAAUGUUUCAUUUCCAAGGAGCCGAUAUUCCAGCAAAGUACGACCUUGUCAACUGGCAGGAGACUCCUGAGGGGCCAUUAAAACUUGUUUUGAUUGGUCGUGUGGAUGGGUUUGACCUCCACCUUAACGAAUCAGCUAUUCAGUGGAGCACAGGAUCCAAUCAGGUGCCUGUUUCAGUAUGCAGUGAGAGUUGCCCCCCAGGGACCUGGAUGGCAACCAGGAAAGGGGAACCUGUCUGCUGCUUUGACUGUAUCCCAUGUGCUGAAGGGGAGAUAAGCAAUAAAACUGGUUCUCCCUACUGUGAGCGUUGUCCAUUAGAGUUUUGGUCCAAUGCUAAUCGAACUGCCUGCAUCCCUCGCCAGCUGGACUUCCUUUCCUUUAACGAAACCUUGGGCAUUACCCUGGCUGCAGCAGCUGUGUCUGGUGCCACGGUGACAACAGCUGUAUUUGUGGUUUUUCUUUGCUACCGUCAAACACCUGUGGUACGGGCCAACAACUCAGAACUGAGCUUUCUGCUUCUUCUGUCUCUGAAGCUCUGCUUCCUGUGCUCACUGGUGUUCAUUGGUCGUCCAUCAGUCUGGUCUUGUCAGUUCCAACAGGCAGCUUUUGGGAUCAGCUUUGUACUUUGUGUUUCAUGCCUUCAAGUCAAAACCAUAGUGGUUCUUGCAGCGUUUCGCUCAACUCGGCCUGGUGCUGAAGCCUUGAUUAGGUGGUUUGGUCCAGGCCAACAGAGGGGAAGUAUCUGUCUUCUUACUUGUAUACAGGUUAUCAUCUGUGCCAUAUGGCUGUCCCUCAGUCCCCCUGUUCCUCAUCAUGAUCUGGGGUUCCAAGGGUCAAAGGUCACCCUGAAGUGUGCCAUGGCCUCUUUGGUGGGCUUCUCUCUGGUUCUGGGUUACAUUGGCCUGCUGGCGUGCACCUGUCUCAUACUGGCCUUUCUUGCUCGGAAACUCCCUGACAACUUCAAUGAGGCCAAACUCAUCACUUUCAGCAUGCUGAUCUUCUGUGCUGUCUGGGUGGCCUUUGUACCUGCUUACGUUAGCUCUCCUGGGAAGUAUGUUGUUGCUGUGGAAAUUUUUGCAAUUCUCACCUCUAGCUAUGGCUUACUGCUCUGCAUUUUUGCUCCAAAAUGUUUCAUUAUUCUUUUGAGGCCUGAGAAAAACACUAAGAAACACCUGAUGGCGAGAUAG